AUGGUAUCCGUUCCCCGCGUGGCCGCCGCUACGAGCUCCGCGGCCCUCCGAGCUACGGCCUUCUUCUUCCUCCGCUGGAUCCCCGGCCAUCACUUCCCACCCCUCAUCUUCACAUUGUUUGCUGUGUACGUGGCUUCAUUGGUGUCACUCGGUCGGCCGGCCGACCCAAACACCCCCGAUCACCACAAGGGCAACAAGAGUGCUCAGCCUGCGUCCAGGUCUUCGGUGCCACCCACUCAGGGCGUUCUUAAGACCCUGUUGACCGGUCUGCCGUCCGCCAGGCUACCGCUGUCAACGCGCUUGACCGUCCUGAUCAAUAUCGCCCUCACCCUGCUUACCCUGGACUUUGUGGUGAGAGGCUUCGUUGUCUACCCCAGCCAAGAUGUCACCUUCUCCCGCAUCGGUUAUGUUUCUCCGACCACAGCAAACCUGUUGGUUCGUGAGCCCGAUGCUGCCCAGCUACCCUUGAUGGUGUUCUACCAGGCAGCGGAGGAGGACCCCUCGCGAUGGACUGAAGAGGGCGUCAUCUACUCCCUGGAUGACACAACGGAUUUUACAACGACCGUGAUAAUUAGGGGCCUGGAACCGGCUUCUGCGUAUCGAUACUCCCUGUCCAACAACCUGACGGGCUCCUUCGUCACCGCACCGAUGCCCGGCUCGAAAUCGGCCAACCACCUCAGCUUCCUCACCUCGAGUUGUAUGAAGGCGAACUUCCCCUACAACCCGUUGUCACAUCCAUUGCGGAUUCCAGGAAUCGAGAAGAUGACAGAGACGGUCAACUCACUGUCGUCGCUGCUCCGGCCGGCUUUCAUGCUGUUCCUGGGGGACUUUAUCUAUGUCGAUGUACCUCAGCGAUUUGGAUCAUCUAUCUCUCACUACCGCAGCGAGUACCGUCGGGUCUACUCAUCCCCGUCAUGGUUCGAGCCCGAGGGCAGUCCAGCCAUCGAUCUCCCUUGGAUCCAUACGCUCGAUGACCACGAGAUUGAGAACGACUGGUCCAAGGGGAAUACCACCGCGCCGUACCCUGCUGCUUUUGACCCCUACAUCCACUACCACGUCAGCGCGAACCCUCCUAUUCCACCGACGCCCUUUGCGAGACCCGAGAACACCACCUACUUCUCGUUUAUCAAUGGUCCGGCCUCGUUCUUCAUGCUGGACACCCGCACCUACCGGUCCGAGCCUGCUCAGCCCGACUCCUCCAUCCUCGGCUCUGCACAGCUCCAGUCCCUUCUCGCCUUCCUUGCCCGUCCGGAGCCAUCCGAAGUCCGCUGGAAGAUUGUGGCAUCCAGCGUCCCUUUCACCAAGAACUGGCACGUUGGCACGACUGACACCUGGGGUGGGUUCUUGAAUGAGCGUCGCGUUGUCUUCGAGGCCAUGUGGCGCGCAGAGCGCGAGCUCGGCAUCCGCGUUGUCCUUCUCAGCGGAGAUCGCCACGAGUUUGGAGCCACCCGAUUCCCAGACCCAGAUCUCAACCUGACCCCCGAGGAGCUGCUCCCCAAUACCGCGGGAGAAGGUCUGCACGAGUUCUGUGUCGGACCGCUGAACAUGUUCUACCUCCCUAUCCCGACUUACCACCAAGACGAUGAUGAAGACGUCGCAAUUAAGUACAUCCCAGAAGGAAACACUAAGUACGGGCUGAUCAACAUAGAUGUUCGGGACGAGACCAUCGACACCAAGACCGGUGCAGCCAUCACCGUCCCCAGCUCUGUCUUCACUUACUCACUCUAUAUCGACACCGACCUUGUUUGGCAACACUCCCUCAGCGUUCCUUUGCCCGGAUACGAGGCCGUGGUCGCUUCUUCGUCCGCCUGGAAACACCCUCACUUUCCGCCGGGCAAGCUCCUCCUGGACGAGCGCGAGGCCAAGAGCUGGGCAGCAUCCAUCCAGUCGAUGAUAGGCCGCGUCGAAGAGACAGCUGGCGAACUGUUCUCGUAUGCGACAGAGCAAGUGUUCGAGCUGCUCGACAAAAUCAGACGUGUGGAAAGAGUAGACUGA